AUGUUGGCUGAUAAAACAAAUUUCAAUGAAAAUAUACCUAAUGAUCAUAGUUACAUCGAAGAUCACUAAUAAUAAUUUGAGAAAACCUCUUAGUUUACAAACAUUGAUGACAAUAGCACUAAUUAUAAUGAUCAAGAAACUAAUGAAUAAAGUGUCAUUCUAAGUAAGGAUCCAGAAGUCUAGAAAUCUAUCUGUUUAUAAGAAAAUGAGAUCUAAAGAUUAUCUUAAGCAUACGCUGAUAAAUAUUAUUAUGAAAUGAAAUUUGAAUAAUAUUAAAAUCUAUUGGCAUAAUAAUAAUGCACAAUCUCUAAGUUAUUAAGUGAAAAGAAAGAUCUACAAUAAAAACUAGAAAAAACUAUUAUUUAACAUAAUUAUCAAGAUAAUUAUGAUUCCUUAUAAUAGACUCAUUAAUUAGAAUAAAAAUUAGAAGAAAUACAAUUAUAAAAUGAAAAUUUAACACAAUAAAAUGAUUUAUAUGAAAAAUAAUUAGAUGAAACAAAAAGAUUGUUAUAAAAGUUGAAUAAAGAAUAAGAAUUAUUAUAAUAAUAAUUUUAAGAAUAUAAGCUAUAGGUUUUUAUUAAAGAAUAAGAAUAAUAAUAAUUGAUUACAUAAUUCUAGAAUAAGAGUUCUCAAGAAUCAAAAUUAUCAAUCUAUUAAGAAUUAUAACAUUAAAUGAAUGAAAUAAAAGAACAAAAUAAUUAUUUAUUUGAUUAAUUAAGCAAAAAAGAAUAAGAAAUUGAAUAAUAUUUUUAGAAAUAAUUAUCAAAUAUAGUAGAAUAAUUCACUUAAGAAAAAUAGGAAUUAUAAGAAGAAUUGGAAUAAUAAUUGGAAAAUAAGGAUGAAAUAAUACAUUAAUUAGAAAUUUAAGUGAAUGAUCUUCAUAAUCAAGCAUAACAAUUAUAUUCUGAAAAUUUACAAUUAUAAAAUCAAUUAGAUCUAUUAGGAUAAAAGUAUAAUCUUAUAGUGUAUCAUUUUAGUUAUUAAGAAGACAUAUAAUAAUAGGCUAAUGAGUUAUCAUAGUAAGUUGCUGAGUAUAAAAUUAUAAUAAAUAAUUUGGAAAAUUAGAUAUUUGUGAUGAAUGCUGAGAUCUAAAGAAGAGGUAGAUCUAAUGGCAAAGAAAAUGCCCAAAGAGUCUUAUAAGGAAUUCAAAAAAAUAACUUAUAAAGGCUAAGUACUGGAGAAAUGACAUUCUCAAAUAUCACUCCUAGUUCCAAAUCAUUUAAAUACUAAAACCUAAAAAAUUGA